AUGACAACAGCACUGGUUAUUUCAAUGACUCUGAUGGCCUUUCUUGGGCUCCCUGGAAAUAUUUUUAUUAUCAGCACAGCCAUUCAUGACUAUCACAAAUCUGGAGAUUUUCCACCGAAGAACUUGAUCUUGAUAAGUGUAGCAGCUUCAAACAUUUUCUUCCAGUCUGCAUUGUAUGUCAUGUGCUUGGUGAUGGUGCUUGGCACUUUCUGCUACACCAUGAAAUACUCCAUUUUCUUUACUCAGUUCACUGCCUGCAUGAACACAUGGCUCACAGCUUGGCUUUGUGUUUUUUACUGGGUUAAGAUCACCAACAGCUCUACGUGGUUUGUCACCAGUCUGAAGCAUCAUAUUGUGCAAAUAGUUCCCUUCAUACUUCUUCUGACAGUAGCAGGAAGUGGCAUUUUAAGUAGCAUCAUAUUAUUUAAUGAAACACCCUUUGAUCAGGCAAACCAAACUAUGAUUCUUAGCAUGGGAAACUGUACCAUUAAUAACAGGCUGUUCCAGUUUAUGAUGAGCUGCUUUGUGGUUUAUGUCGUUAUUACCUGUGUCGUACCUUUUGCACUCAUGGUCAGCAGCAGUUUUCUCAUCAUCCUCACCCUCUGCCAACACGCUAGCAGGAUGAAGACAAGCUUGGAUGGCAUCAGCAGUUCUCGCUUUGAUGUUCAUGUCCGGGUUGCCAAAAUGAUCGUCAGCCUCAUAUUCAGCUACAUUGGUUUUCUGGUCUUCAUCUUUUUAUCCAUAUUCCACCAGGAGCUCGCUCAGGAAUCCUCCUUUUACAUAUUUGCUUUCUUCUUACUGGACUAUCCCACGGUCAGCUCCUUCUUGAUCAUUUAUGGCAGCCCCAGGCUGUGGAAAUCAUGUGCCGUGGCAUGUCAUACCAAAAGAAGGACCUCAGAAUAG